AUGCAAGAGUCAUUAUAUCAUCACCAAUACCCUCCGUCAAGACGCAACGUUGCACUAAACUUCAUCACUCAAUCGUCCCUACUCCACCUCCAACUUCACAAAGCGCUAAUUAUGAUACGAUACCCUCCCUACAUCGACAAUCGCCCCGUUUACAAAAAUGAACCUCAUAGAUACCAUACCGUUAAGUCCAAUGACCUUCACGGACCGAAAAUUUCGCGUCAGAGUUUCUCACCUUGGACCGACCUACCUAAUAUACAUUUCAAAACAAGAAAAGUAUCUAAGAUUCCUACUACACUAAAAAAUACACAAAUGCUUGCUUUACUAAAACAAAUACCAGAUUUCCUAAAAUCUCACCACCUCAUUCUCCUCAAGAAAAUCAAAUCAAAUCAAAUCAAAUCAAGCAUUACCUACUUUAAUGUAUCUAUCAUUCGAAUACUCCGUAACGCUAUAUCACGUAUUCGCUACAUUCUUUACUUCCUCACAUCUUCAGAUCGCAAGUCGGCUUUUGACAAAUGGCGCUCAGUAUCAAUAUCCAAAGAACCAAAAGAACCAAAAGAACCAAAAACAAAAGUCAUAACACUAGAGAGCCUUGAUGAUAGGCCCUUACAUGCAGCUCGCAAAAAAGUAACGAGAAUGUCAAGAAACAAUACUCAAGAUAGCAUUACCCCAAUCGACUCACAAAAAUCAACAAAUGGGGCAUACAAGAGACUUCAAGACCGAUCCUAA